AUGUUGUUAGCACCCGUGUUCGACGUUUUCCACAAACCCAGACUCGACGAAAGCAUCACUAUAGUGGAAUGGCGUACCUAUUAUCCAUAUGUGGAAUCAUUCGAGAACAAUGAUGUCAUCGAUAUAACGGUUAAUCAAGCAGAUUCGUGGUUGGCCAUGUUUGAAGGUAUCAUUACCAUCAAGGGUAAAUUGAAGGUGACCGGUGGUGGUACUGAAUUGGACACUGUCAGAUAUCCUGGAAUAACGAGUACUGUGCGAGGAUACUUGUGUUAUACGCUUGAAGACUCACGUCAUCUAGCCAUAGCAGGCUGGAACUAUUUCAAUGCUCCGAUCCUUAACUCCGAUGGUACGUUUAGCAUGAACAUUCCACUGAAACAUUUGUUUUCCAUCUUCAAUGAUCAUCAAGUGGCAACGUGGGGCAAGCAGUCAAUCCGUUUAGUGAGAGCUCGCAAUGAUGCCAACAGUGUGAAGGUUGUCGAGAGAGCGAAUACUGCUUUGCCAGGAUCUCCUCAGACUCAAAGUAUUGCUAAAACAACGAUAGAAAGCAUAAAUUUUCCAAGAUAUGUUAUAGUAUUUUUCCAAGCGAAAAAAGCCGAUAAUUUGCAUGAAGACAUCACCUUGUUCGAUAAUGCCAACAUCAAAUCCAAACGAUUGGCUCUGAAUAGCAACUAUUAUCCGCAAGAACGAAUGCUAUUGGACUUUUCCCGAGACCAAUAUGCCGACGCCCACUUCAACUAUACAGAGUUCAACAAGAGCUACCAUAACUGUCAAGAAAAGCGCUCUCUAGUAAACUUUGCCGAAUUCAAAUCCCGACCAAUGUUUGUUAUCGAUUGCUCGAGGCGCUAUCUGGGUCUAAAGUCGUCUACAGUUGACAUAGAGUUGGACAUUGAAGCGACUACAGGCUACCCUUCCGACACCAAAGCCUAUUGCAUCAUCAUUCACGAUCAAAUCAUGGAACAUCUCCCACUCAGCGAAAUUGUUCGAAAUAUUGCCUAG